UCAAAAAUGGACCAAUUAGACCCCCUAUGUUUAGCACUUUUUUAUUUCCGAAUUAAUCGUAUUGAGGAUGCACACAAAGAAUGUACUCGACUUUUGGAAAAGAAUUCUCUAGAUCAAGCAGCUUGGAGUUUAAAAUUGAGCUGUUUUGCUGAAGAAGUUUAUGUGGAUGAAUUAGAAAAUGAAGAGGCUGGAUUGGCUGAUACUUUUAUGGAUUUGGGGACGGCAGUAGCUACAGCUGCACGUCCAGGAACUUCUUUGUAUAGACCACUUACUGGAACUGCUGGAGGGCCUAGUCCGGCUGUUCGUCCACGUACAGCAAGCGGACGUCCUCUAAGUGGAAUGCAACGGCCCGAAAGUCGUUUAAAAACAGGCAGUAUGGAACAAAUGCUUCGAACCUCCCGUACUUCAAAAACAGCCAGGCCCGUUUCUGCCAGUACAGCUAGACAAGCACGUCUUGGAACGGCUUCAAUGCUUUCAAAGUCAGAAAAUGCUUUCAUAAACUUGGCCCGUUUAAAUGUGGCCAAAUACGCACGUGACAAAACAGUAAAUCGUUCACUCUUUGAUUAUGUGUUUUUACAUGAGGCUGAUAUGCGGACUUCACAACAAAUAGCAACAAUAGCACAGAGGAACAGUAAUGAUGAAGAACAAGAUUGGUUUUGGCCUAAUCAGCUUGGAAAGUGCUAUUAUCGGUUAAAAAUUAAUAAAAUUUCUCUCAUAUGAAGAAAGCAAUAUAAAUAGAAA